UUGCCAUUGCCAGCAAUAGUCGCUAGCCAACAGUCGAGCGUAAAUAUUCGGCCGUAAAACGUGCGCCUGGGGAAACGACGGAAAAGUUACCUAAGUAAACGAUCGAAUGUAUUGAAAAGUGUUUUUCUUUGUUGCUUGUGGAUGACAACAAAACAAAAAAAAAACAGAGACGAAGUGAAAAACCAAGUGCCAACAAUUAAAUCAAAAAAGUUUCGAGCAACAUGUAAUUCAGCUAUAAAGUGAAUACUAAUCGCCCUAUCUUCUAAAUUAGUACUUACAUGUAGUCAAACAUUUCUAAUUAGUCCACCCCCUAGCCGUGUAUUUCAAAUGUUGACUACAGCUGCCAAACACAAAUUGUUGACUUGAAAGCAACAAAUAUUAAAUUUUUUCACAUAUGCAAACCUCAUUCUCAAACAGCAAUGGGCAACUUAAAUAAUCGUUUUAGUAAAUUACCAAAACUGCCCGACGAUGUCGAUGAUGGGCUCGAAACACUGGAAGAAUAUCAGAGCCGUUGGCGUUCGGUGCGCGUUAUCUACUUCACAAUGUUCCUGAUGUCGCUUGGUUUCAGUAUUAUAUUGACAGGCAUAUGGCCAUACUUAAAUAAGCUAGAUCCACAUGCUGGCAAAGAGUUCAUGGGUCUUAUCGUGGCCGCCAAUCCUUUGGGACAGAUGAUUUUUAGUCCACUAUUCGGUUGGUGGAGCAAUAAAAUCGGCACCAUCCGCUUACCGUUGCUCUGCUCCAUAGUGCUCUUCACAAUUGCCAGUGGUCUUUAUUCAUCGCUGGAAAUGCGUCCCGAUAAUGUCAAGUACUGGAUGUUGAUCUCACGUUUUCUGAUAGGCGUCAGCUCGUCCAAUAUUGCUGUUUGUCGUUCAUAUCUGUCGGCGGCGACACGUCUCAGCGAACGCACUAAAGCUGUUUCGAUGGUCUCACUCGCGCAGGUGUUGGGUUUCAUUGUUGGCCCGGGCAUGCAAACCGCCGUUACACCGCUGGGCAAUGACGGCUAUGCCCUCCUAUCGGGCUUUUUUGUCUUCAACAUGUACACCGCUUGCGGCUGGAUAAAUGUGAUUAUGAGCAUUGGGAAUUUUAUUAUGUUUCUGCCGGGAUUAUUUGAGGAACAUAAGAUCGCAGCACGUGAAAUUAUGAUAAAGCAGGGCAAAAGCUCGGAGCGUGAAACGUGGAAAGCCAUCAAACCGGAUUAUGUCUCAGCGUGGACAUUGAUUAUGGCAUUCUUUGUGUUGGUCUUCAAUUUUGUGCUGCUCGAAACUCUCGGAACUUCGCUCACUAUGGAUCAAUUUGCAUGGAGUAAUCAUGAGGCGCUCUACUAUAUGGGCAUUCUUAUGUCAGUUGGCGCCGUUGUUUCACUUGUCACGUUCGUUGCCAUAAAUCCGCUUUGUAAAAUGUUCCCCGAACACUACGUACUCAUCUGGGGUGGCUUCUCGCUGAUGGUACUCGGUCGAGUGCUCUACAUACCCUGGGGUGAUUCACCACCCACCAUCGCUGAAGUUUACAAUGUGACAAUACCGUUGACGGGCAACGCUACAAUAGAUCUCAGCCCGGAUGAUGAAAUUUUCCUAGGUUGCCCCUCAACACAGCCGUGGUGUGAACGUACACCAGCACUAACGCUUACACAAUUUAUAAUCGGUUAUGCUUUUACAUCGAUUGGCUAUCCGAUUGGUGUGACAUUAAUACAGACGAUAUUCUCUAAGGUGUUGGGACCACGACCGCAAGGUGUUUGGAUGGGUCUGAUGACCGGUGCGGGUUGUUUAUCGCGCGUGCUGGGGCCUGUUUUUGUGGGUGUGAUUUACACACGGUAUGGUACUUAUUGGACGUUUGGUAUAACGUCGGUAAUGAUGUUGGUGGCGAUGAUAUGGCUGCUGCUAUCAAAAAAACGUUUAAUACCACCGAGUUUCGACAAUCCAUUGGCAGGCGCUGAAAUGCAAACUUUAAGUACAAAUAAAAUGCCACUCCCGCCUGUUGAAGGAGAGUACAAAAUUGUGGCACAAAGUAGUGAAGAAGCACCUGCGCUGUCAGAGAGGGAUGAUGAUUUGGACACUGCACUAAAUACCGCACUUUGUUCGAACAAAAACAACAUCACAAUAGUUGUGGCUGAAAAGUGAUACCUCUGAGGAGCAAGGGAUAUUUUUUUCUGCUGCCACUCAAACUGCGGCUACUUAGUAAUCACUAAGUUUAAACGCCCGAUCUGACUGGUUUAAACUAAGAUCAGCCAAUCAAAUGUCAGCCAGCUGUUAAAUUGAAACUCAGUUCACUUAAUCUAAGUUUAAAUUGGCACUGAAAAACUGGGCCUUAGGAUUUAGUUUUUGGUAUACAGGGCGUAGAUGCAUAUGAAGUAAAGAAAAGACUAAAUACGUGCUUCGUUAUACAUAUAAGUAUAUUUAAUAUUAAAAUUAUUGAGUUGUUUCAACAAAAGUUUGCUAUAUUUUAUUAUGGAAAUAUAUUGCCAUUACUUAGUUACUUCACAAAAAAUUCGUUUUAUACAUAUUAUGUAUUGGGCUUAUACUUGUAAAUACUUAC